AGUAAAGAAACGGGGGGAGUUGCAUGGCCCAACAUUUUCGGCCGAGUUGCAUCAGAAAUCCUAAACUAUAUGAUCAUCCUGCCCAACCCUAAACUUUAUAAACCUCUCACUCUUCCCUCACUGAUAUGUAAUUCUGAAGCUCGAAUUGAUGAAGCUCUUUCCAGAGAACGAAGCACCCGAAAAUCCUUUGCAAAACAACUCAAAACCAGGACCAAAAGGAGCAUAUGAAGUUAAGCGAGUGAACAAUGGGUUGUACAUUAGGGUAGAUAUGCCAGGAGUAGCAUCAUCAGAUGAUGUUAAAAUUCACAAGAAGUCUGAUAAAUGUUCAAUUACCUUCUAUGGUAAAGCCCCAAAGUGUGAGGGUUGGCCCCUUGAUGACUCUCAAAGAGUUUAUGCUGGUUCUAUCUGUGUUGAUCGUGAUCCUCACUCGAUUCCUUUAGAAAAGACAUUCAAGAAUGGCUCUCUCAGGCUGUUUUUACCCGGAGUAGAUGGAAACCUUUGCUUUCUUACAAAUCAAGAACCUGUUCUUUGUCAAAAUCCUGCGAAUGAGCAAGUCCAUCAACCUGAUGUCCUUAUAGCCGGAUUGGUUAGCAUAAAACGUCAUAAGCCUGAUUGUCGUUGCUGUAAAGGACAACAUGCAGACAUCGAAGAAAGAAGAUGCAGUGGAGAUAUGUCUUACAUAAACCCAUCGAUCCUGCAAGGGGUUAGAGGUGUAUUUGAAACAAAAAUCGUCAAGGAAAAAGAUGGGGAUGAGUGGGGGAUGUAUUUCAGGCUUGACAUGCCGGGUUUUAGUACUGCAAGAAUGUGCGAAGUGAAGGUGGAGAAGGAUCACUGUAUAAUUUUUGGACCAAUGGGCUCAAAAGAGUAUCAUCUUGAUGAAGGAGGGCGGUCUUACUUUUGUAAACUGACCUUAGGCUGUAAUUGUUGUUACUUCUACUCACAUAGUGCCAUACAUGAACUUAGAGAUGGUGUGAUGAGGAUGUGGUGUAGAAUAAAACCAACGGGCAAUAAGAACAAGUCAGCAGCAAAGUUUAACACAUCUUCUGCAUCAUCACGGCGUGGGACAAAUAACUCUCGUCGGAUCUAAUCUUGCACCAUAACACAGAUGUAGCUAGCUCGAGUUGAUCAUUUAUAAAAAUCUUGAAAUUGCUCUACUGCUUUUGUUGUUAGGUUCAUUUGAUUUCUCCUCCAACGCAGAUGAAUGUUAUAUGGUAGUUUAGGUAUUUAGGGGACAGCUACUAGCUAUAAUUAUACAUAGUAAGGCAGGGACUAUUUGAUGUUAUUUAUGCUGCUUGCACAAGCUAUGUCUAUUGAUACUGUUGUAGGCUGUGUGUAGCUUGCUGGUGUUUGUUCUCGUUCUGGAGGUAUGUAUGCAGACUUGAUCACAGCGGUUUGUUUUUGAUGCAAUAUAAAUACCUUACAUUGCCGGUCAAAAAAAGUGUGUUUGUUACUUAGUUAAGGAAUAUUAGUAGUUAAGUGGGUCUUUUGCCUCCACUUUGUUCUCACGUUUCUAGUUUAUAGGAAGUAGUAGUUAUGUUUCUUUAAUUUAUUAUCUAAGCACUUGUAUUUCCUUUUUCUAAGUGUAUGAGAAGCAAUAACGUUACGUAGCAAUAUCAGUUA